AUGGCAAAAAGACAAAACACUAUGAUGAAUAAUUUCUUUAUAAAAAAGCCUAAAUUAAAUUUAUUGGAAAAUCUUUAUUGUCCAGAGUUGAACAAUGAAACAUCUACCUCAAACGUUAAUAUUUAUGAUAUUGGGAAAUAUUUGAAUCAAACUGUAAGUAACGAAUUGAAGUAUAAAUUAUUAGUAAAUAAAUGGACACCCGAUGAAACUUAUAAAUUUCCCAUAGUUGGAAAAAGAAAUUUAAAAUUCCAGUUUAAUUGGUUUAAACGAUUUUCUUGGCUUGCUUACACAACAAUAGGUGAACAAGGAGCAAUGUGCACGUUUUGUGUUUUAUUUGCCAGGGAUUUCGAAGGAAAAGGAAAUCAUCAAUUGGGAAUCUUAGUUAAUAAGCCAUUUAAUAAUUGGAAAAAAGCUAUUGAAACUUUAUCCCAUCAUAGCACAACACAAUUUCAUAAAAAUAAGUUAGCACUUCGAGGGCGAAAUGAUUCGGGUCCUCUUGAUUUAAAUAUUCUUGAACCUGAUCAUAAUGAUGGUAAUUUUAGAGCACUGUUGCGUAUGCGAAUUUCAUGCGGAGACAAACAAUUAAUUAAUCAUAUUGAAAAUCAGUCUUUAAACGCUAUGUACAUAAGUCCUACGAAGUCGUUUUCGGUUCUCGUUGACGAAACUACCGACAUAUCACGCAUAGAGCAAUUGACUCUUUGUAUUAGAUAUAUAGAUUCAGUAGAGACAACUGAUACUAUUAAUUAUGUUUUACGUGAAGACUUUUUACAAUUUGUACCGGUUCACAGUACAACUGGUCAAAACCUAGCCUCUGUAAUAAUAAAUUCAUUACAAGCACUUGGAAUUAACGAUAAAUAUAUGGUCGGUCAGGGUUAUGAUGGCGCUGCGUCCAUGAGUGGAAAUCUUAAAGGCGUCCAAACUAUUAUAAGGGAAAGUCAUCCAGCAGCACUUUACGUGCAUUGUAGUGCGCACUCUUUAAAUUUAGCGCUAGCUCAUUCGUGCAAUGUUCAAUACGUCAGAAAUUGUAUUGGUACAAUAAAAUCUAUUGGAAAUUUCAUUAAAAGUUCGGCUAUGCGGACAAAUAUAUUAAAAACUAAAAUAAAAAACAUUUUACCUAAUACCAAGUGGACUAAACUGACAUCAAUGUGUGACACUCGUUGGGUUGAAAACCACAACGGAAUUCAAAGAUUUGUUGAAAUUUUCCAACCCAUUGUUGAAAAUUUGGAAGAAUUACAAUUAGUUCAAGACAUCAAUACGUCAUCAAAAUCAAUUCAAUUUUAUCGAGCAAUAGUUACUAGUGAAUUUAUAUUAAGUAUGGUUACAUCAAAUACUCUGUUUUCAAUGACACUUCCACUGUGUAAAAGUUUACAAUCAGUUAGUUGUGACUUAGUAGAAGCUGUACAACAUAUCGAGACAAUAUUAAACGAAUUAAUUCAUUUACGUGAAAAUAUUGAUCAUACGUUUAAUGACAUUUUUGAAAAAUCUGAACUUCUUUUAAAAUCUAUUGAUGGAGAAGAAAAUAUUAGAAUUCCCAGAAUAGUAGCUCGUCAACAAAAUCGUAACGCUUCACUAAUCAUAAAAAAAAUAAUAUCUUCGCUGUGCUUUUUACUUCCCAAUAAAUGUACUAAUUCUGAAUUAGAAGCAAGUGAUUUCGAAUUAUACUCAGAGUUUUUAGAUUUGGAUGCACUUUCGAACGAGUUAAAACUUUGGAAAAGAAAAUGGUGUGAUAAACCAAUAUUAGAACGAUCUCCUGAAAUACUUGAAGCAUAUUCAAAUU